AUGACGGCCACCAUCAUCAUCUUCACAAUCAUCACGCUCUGUCUGAUCUCAGAUCAGAGUCAUGAUGUUGAGUUAAAGGUGAACAGAACCUCUUCUUGUGGGACGUCAAUUAUACAGACUGCAUAUAAAGGACAAACAAUCACUUUCCACUGUGAAUAUAAUCAUACGUUUCAAACACACACCAAAGUCUUGUACAGAGUGAACGGAGCUCCUGUCCAUGUGCUGAACAGCUCACAGUCAUCACAAUCAUCUGAGAAGAAGUUCAUCCUGUCUGACAGUCACAAAGAUCAUUUUAAUGUGACCAUCAGAGACAUUUCUGCAGCAGAUGAUGGAGUUUAUUUAUGUGGAGUGGAGAGAUACGGAUCAGAUAAAGCACCUUCAGACACAUCAAAGACUCACAUCACCUUCAUUAAAGAGAUUCAUCUGAAUGUUUCUGGCUUUCCUGUGACAGCUGUGGUGUCUGUGGGUUUGGUCCUGCUGGCUGUGUGUUUGGUGCUCAUGUUGCUCAAAGUUAAAUUCAGAAGGAAACAUGAUGUCAUCUCACCAGACAGAAGAGAGACAGGAGAUCAUGAAACGGCUCAAGAAGAGAUUCAAGUCUCAGAUCCUGCAUCAGCUCAUCUUUAUUCAUCUUUACAGUCACCCACAAUCCCCUCUGAUGGGCUCCUGUACUCUUCCAUCAGUUUCCAGAAGCAUGAAGAGUCUCUCAGCGACGCUACAGUCAGACUCAGUGAGGAGGAGGUUCACUCUGAUUACGCAUCUGUCAAUUACAACGUCACACCAAAUUAAUAUUUCCAGUGGAUUUUUUUUUUUAUACUCAAUUUGAAUUGUGUCAGUCACUGAGAAUAAAGACUGAAUGACACAUUUGAACCAGUUGUGUGAGCAGUUGGCGACACCUACAGGUCAGUGUUGAGAAAGAAGCUGAAAUGUUUCUCUGUGGCCAAAAACAACACUGACUUCUGUGUGAAACGUUAAACUGAAGACAGAACACCUUCAAUCUUUGUAAGCAUCAGUUUGCCAGAAGAGCAGCAUCAUGUUAUGAAAGUUAAACCACUCUGUGAUGAGCGCAGGUGUGCAAGAAAAUAUGUGUAAUUGCAAAGUUUAUUAUAUUUGUACUCAAUGUCAUGUCAGUUUAUUGCUAGGUUUUAAAUGUAUUUUAACGAAUGUAAAAAACAACUUAUGUAAAUUGCAGUAAUGGAUAUUUAAAAAUGUAAUUACUUUUAAAUGAGAAAAGUAAUUAAUUACAUUGCAACUUAACAAAACAUUGCAAUCCUCAAAAAAAUAAAAAAAUAAAUUA